GCAGAUCCUUUGAUCAGUAAUUACAUCUCAGCAUGUUGAGUCACGUUUACCGCUCCGGGUUCCAGUCCUACUACCAACGUUUCCUGUCCUGGGUCCAGUCCACAACUGUCUCCAGAUCUCAUCGUGCCCAAACUCCAACUAUCAGCCAUGUUCGUUCUUGGAGCAACAUCCCAUUUAUUACGGUGCCCCUCAGUCGUACCCAUGGCAAGUCUUUUGCCCACCGCAGUGAGCUGAAACAUGCUAAGAGGAUCGUGGUGAAACUCGGAAGUGCCGUGGUAACCCGAGGGGAUGAAUGUGGCCUGGCACUGGGGCGUCUGGCAUCUAUUGUAGAGCAGGUGUCAGUGCUGCAGAACCAGGGGCGAGAGAUGAUGCUGGUGACCAGUGGAGCAGUAGCCUUUGGCAAGCAACGCUUGCGCCAUGAGAUCCUUCUGUCUCAGAGUGUGCGUCAGGCCCUGCACUCAGGGCAGAACCAGCUGAAGGAGAUGUCAAUUCCAGUCUUAGAGGCCCGAGCUUGCGCAGCCGCUGGACAGAGUGGGCUUAUGGCCUUGUAUGAGGCCAUGUUUACCCAGUACAGCAUCUGUGCUGCCCAGAUUUUGGUGACCAAUCUGGAUUUCCAUGAUGAGCAGAAGCGUCAGAACCUCAAUGGGACACUUCAUGAGCUCCUUCGAAUGAACAUCGUCCCAAUUAUCAACACAAACGAUGCUGUUGUCCCCCCAGCUGAGCCCAAUAGUGACCUCCAGGGGGUAAAUGUCAUUAGUGUUAAAGAUAAUGAUAGCCUGGCUGCCCGUCUGGCCGUGGAAAUGAAAACUGACCUCUUGAUUGUUCUUUCCGACGUAGAAGGCCUCUUUGACAUGCCCCCAGGGUCAGAUGAUGCUAAACUCAUUGAUACCUUUUAUCCUGGAGAUCAGCAGUCGGUGACAUUUGGAACCAAGUCUAGAGUGGGACUGGGUGGCAUGGAAGCCAAGGUGAAUGCGGCGCUCUGGGCUUUGAAGGGUGGCACUUCUGUUGUUAUUGCCAACGGAACCCACCCAAAGGUGUCUGGGCAUGUCAUCACAGACAUUGUGGAAGGAAAGAAAGUUGGCACCUUCUUUUCAGAAGUAAAACCUGCAGGUCCUAACAUCGAGCAGCAGGGGGAGAUGGCUCGAUCUGGAGGAAGGCUGUUGGCCACUUUGGAACCUGAGCAGAGAGCAGAAAUCAUCUGUCAUCUGGCUGAUCUCUUGACGGACCAGCGUGAUGAGAUCUUGUUAGCCAACAAAAAAGACUUGGAGGAGGCAGAGGGCAGACUUGCACCUCCUCUGCUGAAACGGUUAAGCCUCUCCACCUCUAAAUUGAACAGUCUGGCCAUCGGUCUGCGGCAGAUUGCAGCCUCCUCACAGGACAGCGUGGGACGUGUUUUGCGCCGGACCCGAAUUGCCAAAAACUUGGAAUUAGAACAAGUGACUGUGCCAAUUGGGGUUCUCCUGGUGAUCUUUGAAUCUCGCCCUGACUGUCUGCCACAGGUGGCAGCCUUGGCUAUUGCAAGUGGCAAUGGCUUGCUACUCAAGGGAGGGAAGGAGGCCUCACACAGCAACCAGUUUCUUCACCUCCUGACCCAGGAGGCCCUCUCUAUCCAUGGAGUCAGGGAGGCCGUACAACUGGUGAACACCAGAGAAGAAGUGGAAGAUCUUUGCCGCCUUGACAAAAUGAUAGAUCUAAUCAUUCCACGCGGGUCAUCCCAGCUGGUCAGAGACAUCCAGAAAACUGCUAAGGGGAUUCCAGUGAUGGGGCACAGUGAAGGCAUCUGCCACAUGUACGUGGAUUCAGAGGCCAGUGUCGAUAAAGCCACCAGACUCGUCAGAGACUCUAAAUGUGAAUAUCCAGCUGCCUGCAACGCUUUGGAGACUUUGCUAAUCCACCGAGAUCUGCUAAGAACACCUUUAUUUGACCAGAUCAUUGACAUGCUGAGAGUGGAACAGGUGAAAAUUCACGCAGGCCCCAAGUUUGCUUCCUAUCUGACCUUCAGCCCCUCUGAAGUGAAGUCGCUUCGAACUGAGUACGGAGACCUGGAACUGUGUAUUGAAGUCGUGGACAGUGUCCUGGAGGCCAUCGACCACAUCCAUAAGUACGGCAGCUCCCACACGGACGUCAUUGUCACGGAGAACGAAAAGACAGCAGAGUUCUUCCUCCAGCACGUAGACAGCGCCUGCGUUUUCUGGAAUGCCAGCACUCGCUUUUCUGAUGGCUACCGCUUCGGACUGGGAGCCGAAGUGGGAAUCAGUACAUCACGAAUCCACGCCCGGGGACCAGUAGGACUUGACGGACUACUUACUACUAAGUGGCUGCUACGAGGACAGGACCACGUGGUAUCAGAUUUCUCAGAACACGGAAGUUUAAAAUAUCUUCAUGAGAACCUCCCUGUUCCUCAGAGAAACACCAACUGA